AAAAAUCUUCCAAUGUUUUCCCCAAAACAAUAUUCCAAAUAAAUUUCCCUCCUUCCGUGGCUAAAUGUGUCACAAAUUGCCUGAAUGUCGAAGGGUGAAUUGCAAAAUCACCUGAAAAUCAAUUUUAUUGCCUCAGUGAUUUCACUCAAAACAUGCUAAAAUCUCUUGUGGGCAAAAACUCAACAUUUCCAGAGAGCUCAAAUUCACUUUUUGCCCAAUUCCAUUGUACAUUGUGACCAUUUUAUUCUCCGAUUUUGGCCUCUGGCGCACAUUGUGCGUUUCACUAGAAUAAAAUUAUUUAAUGGAUAAUUAAAAAAAGAUCGUAAACUAUUUCCCUCGCCGAAGAAAAUCUCCUCUCACGAGAGUGAAUUUCGGUUUUAGCCAUAAACUAAGUGGAGUGCUGUGAAGGGAGUUUGGUGAGAAUUGGAGGCAAUUGGCGUUUGCCAUUCAUUCAUUCAGUAUUUUUAGCCGUCUCAUCAACUUCACGACGCUGCCCUGUCGCUAAUUAAUCAGUGAACAUAUGUGUCAUAUCUCUGGUUUAGGGAUAUUAUUUAAGAGAAGAUUAAAUUAAUUUUAACUCGUGUGGAUUAUUUGGAAGGAACGUGAGUUGGAUGUUGAUGGGAUUUGGGUUAUUCUGACACACAUUCUUGCAUUUAUCACGGAUGAAAUCGAGUGUAAAGGUAUAAAAAGGUAUCAACUUAAAAAUAGUCACAUUAAAAUGCUUUAGAAAAAAAUAAUAACAUGACCUCAAUCAUAUUUGUGGAAUAAUUUGUAAUAGAACUUCUUUAGAAAACAUUAAAUAAUGAGGUCGCAAAAUUGGGAGUUAUUGGACAAAAUCAUGUGAUGUUUAAAAAAUAGUAAUAAUUGCAACAACUUAUACACACAUUAAUGACUUUACACUAAAGCACGUUCCUAGAAAUUAUCGAUUAGUUUUAUUCACAGAAAUCCGUUUGCCGAUGUCCAUAAAAUAGGGUGAAAGACUUCCAAAGACAUUUCAAAAGGUCAUAAUUUUGUUAAAUAAGUGCCACUGAUGGAAGGAGGCCAGACACUUUUGGGAGAAAGCAAUAAAAAGUCGAGCAAAAGAGUUCCUGUGUGUAUCGUUUCUUCUCUCGUGUCUCACUAAUUAAAAUAUUUAUAAUUUUACAAUCAUUAAAUAGUCGUAAUUUAUGUUUGGUGGGUUUUUAAGCCACUAUUUCUUCAUAGCUGUGAUUCAGUCACAAAAGAGAGAACCAUGGAAAAAAAAACAGAGAGAAGAUCGUUCUUGAAACCAACACAGAUGGAGAAUAUUUAACAAGUACCAGAGUCAUUUGCGUUUGACUUUUAUCGGGUAAACAAGAGAGCGUGAAUUAGGCCAGAAUGCUGGGGAAACCGCAGAGACUGAAUGGGCUGAAAUGGGCCGAGAGUGGGUGAUUGCGGAUUCCUAAAGCCAGAGAGGCGCUGUCUGUCUCGUCUUGAUUAUAAAAGUGUUGUGUGGCAUCAAUUGUGCUUUAAUUGCCCGCCUAAUCGAUCGCCUCUCUCUCUACUGGCCUUUUUCAGACAUCACAAGACCACCAGGCAGAGUGCAAAUUGCUCAUCUAAGCCCAGAUCCUGGACCAUCGCAGCAGCACCCUGGAUGAUCUCAACAAAUAAACUAUGCGAUAAAUUUCAACGUAAACGCACCGCAAACUCUGGCAGUUAAUUAUCGUGAAUUCUCCACUUGAAAAUACAUAUUCGAAGGAAUGGUGAAAAUUUGCCAGACAUUCUUCUCUGAUUCAGUGCUUGAGAAUUGAAGUGAUAUUGGGUGUUUCUCGAUGCCUGCUUCGAUGGAAGAGCGCCUGAGAUGAGAAGGAAGAGGCAAGAGUGGAUGAAUUAAGUGAGGUGUGCCAUAAGUGAAUUUAUCACAAUGGAAAUUUUGUGGAAAUUCUUAGUGAUUGCACAGUUGAUGAGCACUAUCUGGGGAUACUUUGUGAUGGAGGCCGAAGCGGAGAGUACAACUUCUCGUGUGACUGCAGAUCCGAGAAUGCCACACAAAAUCACAGAAUGUCCUCCUGGACACAUUGGCGAGUGCCGAGAAGGAUACGAGGAGUACUAUCUGGAGCACAGCGUGAGCGAGAAGGAUGCCAAGAAGAGCCUCAAGGAGUCAAUCGAAGCGAGCGCUCAAAACCAAAGACCCGCAUAUUGUGGCGAAUGCACGAGCGCCAUUCGGAAGUACUGCUUGAGCUCUCAUCUCCUCAGCGACCACUGUUGCUGUGAUCUGCGACAUGGCAAAGAGGAACUUCCCUGGAUUCCUCACUCGUGCUACAUCGGUCAGAAUGUGUGUAAAUCAUCUCUCGGAUCGUGCCUAAGAUAUGCAGAAUACAAAAUUUGCUGCUGUGAUCAACUAUUAAUUGAGCAAUGGAAAUCAAUUUUCUCACCAGCACUGAAAGUGCAACCAACGCAGAAUAUUAUUGUGAUUCUAUCCAUUUACCUAAUUGUUAGAUAUUUAGUGUAAAAUGAAUGUGUCUUGUUACCAUAUGAGUGUCAAAACUCGAUGUAUAGCGUCUGUGUGAAGCACCAAAAAUUAAGUCAAUAUGCAAAUAAUAUUAAAGACAUUUUUAGAAACAACCAAAUUCCACCUCGUUCGUGAUCCACUU